AUACUUGUUGGAAAAGGAUCUCUUUAUAUCUAUUAGAAUUGUAAUUUGAUCUAACUAAUCCAUAUAAAACAAAGGAUAGUUGGCUCAGAAACCAUCUGAUAGCAGAUGGCACAACAAAUUUUAUGGUCCUGAAUAUAUAUUUAGGCCAUAUCUUAUCUGAUAUUGGAUUCUUUAACAUUAUCUGCAUUGAAAUUUCUCUAUAGUAGAAGAAGUGAAAAUGGAAGAAGAGAUCAAGAAGAGCCUCUUGCAGCACCAAAACACAUCAGAAGAGGAGGAAGAGCCAUUGAGGAAAAGAGUAUGGCAAGAAAGCAAGAAGAUGUGGAUAGUAGCAGGCCCUGCCAUAUUCAAUAGAUUUUCAACAUUCGGAAUCACUGUAGUUAGUCAAUCCUUCAUUGGUCACAUAGGUUCCACUGAAUUAGCUGCUUAUUCUCUUGUUAUGACUGUUCUAGUCAGAUUUGCAAAUGGUGUUUUGUUGGGUAUGGCGAGUGCGUUGGAAACUCUAUGUGGACAAGCAUAUGGAGCAAAGCAAUACGAUAUGCUUGGAGUUUAUCUUCAAAGAUCAUGGAUAGUUUUAUUCUUGACCUCAGUUCUUCUUCUUCCUAUUUACAUUUUCACCACUCCAAUUUUAGAGGCACUUGGUCAAGAUAAAAACAUUGCACAAGUUGCUGGAAGCAUUUCUUUAUGGUCAAUAGGUAUCAUAUUUGCUUUCAGUGUCUCAUUCACUUGCCAAAUGUUUCUACAAGCACAAAGCAAGAACAAGAUUAUUGCUUACCUUGCGGCCGUUUCGAUUUCAAUUCAUGUCUUUAUGUCAUGGCUUUUAACUGUUAAGUUCAAGUUUGGACUUAAUGGUGCAAUGACAUCAAUCAUUUUGGCACAUUGGAUACCUAAUUUGGGUCAGCUUGUUUUUAUCAUGAGAAAGUGUCCUGAUACAUGGAAGGGUUUCUCCUUUUUGGCCUUCAAAGAUCUUUGGCCUGUUAUCAAGCUUUCUUUGUCUUCUGGAGCUAUGUUAUGUCUUGAAAUAUGGUACAACACAGUUUUGAUUCUUCUAACAGGGAACAUGGAAAAUGCUGAGAUUUCCAUUGAUGCUUUGGCCAUAUGCCUCAAUAUCAAUGGGUGGGAAAUGAUGAUAGCUCUUGGUUUCUUUGCUGCAGCUAGCGUUAGAGUAUCAAAUGAACUUGGAAGAGGAAGUUCAAAGGCAGCAAAAUUUUCCAUUGUUAUAACAGUGCUCACAUCAUUUUCCAUUGGAUUUGUGCUAUUCUUGAUCUUUCUAUUCUUAAAGGAAAAACUUGCUUACAUUUUCACACCAAACCCAGAUGUGGCUAAAGCAGUUGGAGAUUUAUCGCCUUUGUUGUCAUUCUCCAUAUUGAUGAAUAGUGUCCAGCCUGUGCUCUCUGGAGUUUCUGUUGGAGCUGGGUGGCAAAAAGUUGUAGCAUAUGUAAACAUAGGAAGCUAUUACCUUAUUGGUAUUCCUUUUGGACUAGUACUUGGUAAACUUCUCCAUUUGCAAGUUAAGGGUGUUUGGAUUGGAAUGUUGUUUGGAAUUUUUGUUCAAACAAUAAUACUUAUCACAAUCACAUUUAAAACUGACUGGGAUAAACAGGUUGAGAUUGCUCGAAAUCGUGUUAACAAAUGGGCUGUAGUAGAGAAUGUUGAAUCAGACGACGCAUCAAAUAGAUCUAGCUAAAUAAUAUCAUGAGUUUUGUUUUGAAAAGAUAGAAGAAAUUCAUGAACUUAGUGAAGAAAGUUUAAUGAGGAUAGUUGUCCUAUUUGGUAUGCAGCCAAAAAUAAUUAUUAUGAUUUUACAAUCUGUCAUCAUAGACUUCUUGAAUAGAGUGACAAUCAAGCUUGA